CUAAAAGAUAAAAGAAGGAAAAAGAAAAAGGAAAAGUUUGAAACCCCAAAAUACAUACAUAGUAUAGUGUUUAGUGUGUAUCACAAUCUAUCAUAUUCUUCAUCUUCUCUCUUUCUCUCUCAACACUUCAUAAUUGCAUGCAUCCUAUAAUGGAACCCUAAAACUACGCUCAAAACUCGUAAAUCAAAAAAUGGCUUGUUCUUGUUUGAGCGACGAUACUUGGUUCGCUCUUUCUCAAAUGCGAACCACCACCACCUUGCAGGUCGAAGAUCCACAAAUAAUCGGACCCAAUUCCCCCGGCAUGCCCGAGUACCGUUUAGAAAAAGUUUUCCCCGUUUACGCUGUUGGCGUUUCCGAACCCGACCCGAACUUGAUCGUCUCUGUCGCUAACACCGCUUCUACUCUUGGUGACCCUAUUUGGGAUGCGGUCAAGCUUGAAGCAAAGCUUGAGGCAGAGAAGGAGCCAAUAUUAAGCAGCUUCUUGUACGCAAGUAUUUUGACUCAUGAUUGUUUGGAACGGGCAUUGAGCUUUGUUCUUUCCAACCGUCUGCAAAAUCCUACACUUUUGGCAACUCAAUUAAUGGACAUAUUUUCUGAUGUAAUAAUGCACAAUCGGUGCAUCCAAUGCUCUAUUCGACUUGAUUUACAGGCAUGUAAAGAUAGAGAUCCUUCAUGUUUGUCAUACUGUUCUGCUCUUUUGUACCUUAAGGGUUAUCAUGCUUUACAAACACAUCGAGUUGCACAUACGCUAUGGAAUCAAGGGCGCAAAGUCUUGGCAUUGGCGUUACAAAGUCGAGUUAGUGAGGUUUUUGGAGUUGAUAUACAUCCAGCUGCCCAAAUUGGAGAGGGAAUUCUUCUGGAUCAUGCCACUGGUGUUGUAAUUGGUGAAACUGCUGUCAUAGGGAAUAGAGUUUCACUUAUGCAGGGUGUAACCUUGGGAGGAACUGGGAAAGAGAUUGGUGAUAGGCAUCCCAAAAUAGGUCAAGGUGCACUGAUUGGAGCUAGUGCAACUAUACUUGGAAAUAUAGAAAUAGGGGAAGGUGCAAUGGUUGGUGCUGGUUCCCUUGUGAUGAAGGAUGUUCCUCCCCACAGUAUGGUGACAGGAAUACCAGCAAAGGUGAUUGGUUAUGUAGAUGAUCAAGAUCCAUCUUUAACUAUGAAGCAUGAUGCCAGCAAGGAGUUCUUUAAACAAGUAGCCAUUCGCUGCAAGGAAGCAAGAUCCAAUGGAGCGGUUGCUUCAAAGGACGAUGGCUCAACAUGAGAUUGAUGAAGAUACAUCUUCAUUUGACUAUUAACCCCCAAUUCACUUCAAUGUGUGAAAAUGAUUUUAGUAUUUUCACCAUCUUUAAUACUACUAUAGGAUUUCUAAAAAUAGAAAAAAUAAAGCUCCUCUUUAAAGAUUGAUCAUCAUUCAAUCGACGUGUAAUGCCAUGUAUGUGUGCCCUUUUAAAUUAUCUACUGUAUUAUUUCUUUCUCCAGGAGAUUUGUCAUUUUGUAUAUUUGUUUGAAUUAAUGCUAUAACGAAAUAUUGGAACAUACUGUUUAUUAAUGUUGACUGGAUUCAGCACUA